AUGACGGCUACUGAACAACGAACAGCCGAUUUAUUUCCUCAUCAAAAUGGACGAAAAUCUCCAGCAACUAUUUCAUGCGUAUCAUCAAAUGUUGGUUCAAUAACGGAUUUUAUUUUUUCUUCUUCAACACAUUCCACAUUACCAACAUGUUCAAACAUUCCUUCAAAGGAAAUUCAAGAAUCAUCAUCAAAGGAAUUUCCAUCGUCAUCACUGCCACAAAUUCUCAUACAUACAUCUAGUGAACAAUGUAUUAAUAUGAAUCAACAAUCAUCAGGGACUCUCAAUCAAAUAUCAGUAUGUGAAAGUGAUAAUGAACCAUCGAGUGCAGGAAAUAAAGAAAAAUUAGGUCAUCGUCGUGUUGAUGAAACUGGAAUUGUUACUUAUAAACGUGUGACAGUAGAUGAUUUAAUGAAAUCUUUACAAAUCGGUCUUACAUAUGUUCUUGGUAAACAUCAUCAUCCACAACGUCAAGUACUUUUACAAGAUUUUCAACAAAUCGAAUAUCAAGAUUUUCCACCAGAAGGUUCAAAAUCAACACCAAAACAUCCAUAUGCUGAAUUUCGCUUAAAAACUUAUGCUCAAACAGCAUUUCGAUUUUUUCGUAAUGCUUUUGGUGUUGAUCCAUUAUCAUUUAUGUCAUCAUUAUGUGCUAAAGAUUUACGCGAAUUACCAAAUCCAGGUGCAAGUGGUUCUAUAUUUUAUUUAACAGCCGAUGAUACAUAUAUAAUAAAAACUGUAUCAAAAAAAGAAGCACGAUUUUUACUUAGUCUAUUACCAGGAUAUUAUAUGAAUUUAACACAAAAUCCAUUUACAUUAUUACCAAAAUUUUUUGGUCUUUAUUGUUAUCAAAGUGCUAAUAAAAAUAUACGUUUUGUUAUAAUGAAUAAUUUAAUACCAACAAAUGUUAAAUUACAUGAAAAAUAUGAUUUAAAAGGAUCAAUAUAUAAACGAAAAGCAUCAGAAGAAGAACGAAAGCGUGAUUUACCAACAUUAAAAGAUAAUGAUUUUAAAUCACUUCAUCCACAUGGUUUAAUUCUUGAGCCAUUUUUUUAUGAUCAAUUAAUGCAAACAAUUGAAGAUGACGUUCGAGUUCUUGGUAGUUUUGAUAUAAUGGAUUAUUCUCUUUUACUUGCUGUUCAUAAUAUAAGUGAAGAAAUGAAACCAACACAAAAUUUAUCUUUAUUAUCACCAGCAACAUCAAAACAAAUAUCACCAUUAGAUAUAAUGACAAAUACUCCAUUAAGUGUACAUGAAGAUGUAAGAACAACAGCAUCAAUUGAUUCUGGUAUUGCUAUGACAACAAUACAUAAAAUACCAACUUAUAUACAAUAUAUACGUGUUAUUGAAUUUGUUCGUGCACAACAAGAACCUUCAUUACGAACAUCAUCAAUUUUAAAUACAGAAAAUUCUUUAUCUGAUAAUCAUACUCAUAAUGAUAAUAUUGAAACAUCAAGUAUAAAAACAGUUAAAGCAGAUUUAUCACCAAUAUUAAAUAGAAAUUUAAGUCAAACAAGUGAUAAUCAAUCAACUACCCAUCGAAACAGUAAAAGUCCAAUAAAUCAUAAUGAUACAUCAUCACCAUUUCAUAUUGGUAAUGCUUUAAUUGGUGGUGAUGUCUGGUACAAUCGACAAAAUCUUUCACGUCUUGCUAUGGCUGGUAUACCAGCUGUGAAUCAAAAUGGUGAUUUAUUAUUAUUAUAUGUUGGUAUUAUUGAUAUUCUACAAAAUUAUCGUCUUCGUAAAAAACUUGAACAUGCUUUUAAAUCUACGUUAGUAACACGAGAAGAAAUAUCUGUUUGUAAUCCAAGCCAUUAUGGUGAUCGUUUUGUCAGAUUUCUUUCACAUAAAGUAUUUCGUAAAGGAGGUCCAAAUGGUAACACAUUACUGUCGGACACUCAAUCCAAUACAGAUCGAGUUACUUUACACAGUAGUAGAUUAUUAAAUGCUUCAUCAUAUCGUUCGGGAACGAGUGAUGAUGAUGAUGAUGAUAAUUCUUCAAUAACAAAUAAUAACAAUGAAGCACAUAGUAUAAGAUCUUGA